ACUUCACCCCUCCUCGAACGCCACUUAACCCACUGUCUGGCCCGGUCGUUUCCUUCUCGCCUUACCCGUCGCUCAUCCAGACUCGACUCUCAACCCGUCCUGUCUUCUCUCUCACAACAGCCUCGGUGAAGUGUAUGACGGUCCCCUUCGCUCACGAGCACUGCCAUCUCGGCCUCUUCCUUGUGGUAUCUGUAAAAACCACCACAUACACUACGGCAAUAACGGACGCAAAGCGGCGAAGUGGUUGCCGCCUACAUCCCGGAGCUCCUCCUCAAGUCGGCCAACGGCGCAAUCUUGGAACCCACCUCCAGUGCUCUAGCACCUCAUCGACAGCUCCCCCGACCUCGAAACUGUGGGCAUUAUCCCGCGCAAUCUACUCUACUUCAUCCUGCCAGCGUACAGCAGCAAUCCCUGCGUCGGCGCCCCGAAGUUCAGGAAUUUCAUUGAGCCACACAUUACACGCUCUCCUUCCUGAGCAGGGUUAACUGCCACAUAUACCCUUGGGCGCUCGGAAGCGUGACUUUCCAGAGGGAACCCCCCCUUUCCUUCAAAGGCUGUGCAAACUAGCCACAUUGGCCACAACAAUCAUACAUACUUCCCGUCACAUCCUGACCGU